CCCCGACCAGUUCCUCAUUCUGCUACAACCGUCCACAAGUCAAGUGGUGAGUGUGUGUGUGUGUGUCUUAUGAUCAACACAAAUAGCAGAUCUCUGGACUAAAAAAUUAAAUCAUCCAUAUGCUGGAAUAAGCAUUUUUCCCACUGAGGAUUUCUACUUUUGACAGGCAGGAUGGGCUGUCUGAAGUCCACACUCAGCGGCGGUCUGGGGAGAAUGGUGGAGAGGAAAACCAGCCAGCAGGCUGAAAGUCCUGACUCAAGGGUCUAUGUCAAAGACCCCACCUCCACUUCAAAAAUCACCAGAACUAACACACUGUUACCUGGCCAGGUAUUCCAGAGAAUGGAAGAGCAAAAAGGAUCUGGAAAAGUAGUGGUCGGCCUUUAUCCAUAUGCAGCUACGCAUCCUGAUGACUUAGGAUUCAAGAAGGGAGAAAAGAUGGUGGUCUUAGGAGAACAAGGUGACUGGUGGAAGGCGCGGUCUGUGGCCACCCAAAAAGAAGGAUUCAUCCCUUCUAAUUAUGUUGCCCAAGUAGAUACCAUGGAAACAGAGGAUUGGUUUUUUAAAGACAUCACAAGAAAGGAUUCAGAGAGGCAGCUGUUAGCACCAGCUAACAAACCAGGAUCCUAUCUCAUCAGGGAAAGUGAAACAUCUAAAGGAAAUUAUUCACUAUCAAUCAGAGAUGCAGAUUCCGCAGGGAUGGACUCGGUCAAGCAUUACAAAAUCAGGAAGUUGGACAACGGCGGCUUCUACAUCUCUCCUAAGAUCUCUUUCCCCGACAUCAGCAGCAUGAUCAAGCAUUACCACAACAAAGCAGAUGGUUUGUGCCGUAAACUGGAAAGUCCAUGUGUGAAACCCAAAGCUCAAAGACCCUGGGAUAAGGACGCAUGGGAGAUUUCCAAAGACUCCAUAAAGAUGGUGAAGAAACUGGGAGCAGGACAAUUCGGAGAAGUCUGGAUGGCGUACUACAACAACACCACCAAAGUGGCGGUGAAGACGCUGAAGCCCGGCACCAUGACAGUGGAAGCUUUCCUGGAUGAAGCCAACGUGAUGAAGACGCUGCACCAUGACAGGCUGGUUCGGCUCUACGCCGUCAUCACCAAGACCCAACCCAUCUACAUCAUCACCGAGUUCAUGGCAAACGGAAGCCUUCUAGACUUUUUAAAAAGUGAAGAUGGAUGCAACCUGCAGCUACCAAAGCUGAUAGAUUUCUCAGCACAGAUAGCCGAGGGCAUGGCGUACAUAGAGAAGAAGAAUUACAUUCACAGGGACCUGAGGGCCGCAAACGUCCUGGUGUCUGAGAGUCUGCUGUGCAAAAUAGCAGAUUUUGGUUUGGCGAGAGCCAUCGAGGACGAUGAGUACUCUGCUAGAGAGGGAACCAAAUUCCCCAUUAAGUGGACCGCUCCAGAAGCCAUAAACUACGGCAGCUUCACCAUCAAAUCAGACAUGUGGUCCUUUGGUGUUCUUAUUUAUGAGAUCAUCACGUAUGGAAAAAUCCCCUACCCAGGUAUGACCAAAGGAGAGGUGAUGUCGUCGGUGCAGCGCGGCUACAGGAUGCCUCAGCCUGACAACUGCCCCACAGAGCUGUAUGACAUCAUGUUGUCCUGCUGGAAGCACAAGCCCGAGGACAGACCCACCUUCGACUACGUCCAGAGCGUCCUGGAUGACUUCUACACCUCCACAGAGACACAGUACCAACAGCAGUGAUGCUGAACUGGAAAGACAUUUCACACCUUCCACUUUUGCUCCACAUUCUGUAAUGAAUGAAUGUAUUUUAUAUUUUCUGUUAGAAAACCAGUUUAAAUGCAAAAAAGCCCCGACAUCUAAACUUCCAUUUUUAGGUUUGAAAAGUGUUAUGUUUGAUUAUUAAUGUACAAAAGGUGUUUUAUUUAAUGUUUUGACAUCUUCUAAAUGGAUCAAAUGGACCACAUGAUGAAUCCUGAAGCAGUUUCAUACAUGUAAUAAGUCCUUAUUAUUUUAAUGACUAAGCUUCUAUAGGAGCAGAAACAUCCAAUAUUUAGUCUUUUCUUCAUCUGUGGUUCAAAGAUAAAUAUUUCUGUACAAAGGUUUUGUGAAUUUGUUUAUUUACAUUUCAAAUGUCAUUUUAUGAGUAGCUGCUCUAACCCCGCUUUCUCACAUCUAUGAAAGCUAGAGUUUUAGGAAACUGUAGAGUUGUUUCUGUCUUCUGGGGUUUCAUCGGGCUUUCUCCACUUCAUAUUGAAGUGGUGUUCAUGCUAUUCUUUGUUUUUCUUCUUUUGGGGAUAGAACUUGAGAAGCUUUCAUUUUUUACCAUUAUUUCAGUAGCUGUAUUUGCCUUUUACAAUGAAGUCUAUUAAAAGCUUAACGUGGUUUAUCAUUUAAUGGCUUCACUUAGACUUAUCAGUAUGUUUGGUCUUUGACACCAUGUAACUGGUGUGUGAUCUAUAUGUAUAUAAAAUGUAUUUCAUUGUGUUAAUUCUAUAACAUUUAAGCUGAAAGUUGAAAUUUAUCAUUAAAAAUAAAAACAACUAUCACUCA